GGGGCGGUGGAGGGUCAGGGUGCUGCCCCAAUGGGGACCCUGGGGGUGUGAGUGUGAGGAAACGGGCCCGUGUUGGGGGUGGGAGCAGUGAGGUGGGUUUGGUUGAGCAGGGUGUUGUUUUGGGGGGAAAUGAGGGGAUUUGGGGUCGUGGAGGUGUGUGGGGGGGUGUUGUACCCUUAUGGGGUGCUGUCCUGCCAUGCAGCACCAGAGCUGUGCUGCUCUCUGCUGCCCUUUAUGGCUUCUGUUGCUUUCCCCCCCCCCCCUUUUUCUUGUGGAGGUUUUUCUUUCAUGAUCACCAAUCGCAGCCCGCCCAGCUGCUGGGAUGGAGGAGCUCUUCCAGAUCCCCUCAGUGCCUGUUUUAUGUGUGAGCUGGGCUGCGAUGCCUGCAGGAGGCACAGAGCUCAGCCCGUUCUGCCCUGUGGUCGUUGGCCAAAUGAGAGCCCUUGUCUGGGCAGCUGGCUGUCAUUGGCAGCAUGCUAAGCAGGGAAGAUGAUGAGAUCCUGAAAGCUCCGUUGGAUUUCCAGCCAAACCCAAAGUCAGUCCAUCCAUCCCUGCAGUAACCUGGUGGCUGCAGGGUUAUGGGUGGCUGAGAUCAGAACCUGAGCUUCUGUGUCUCUUUUUUUUCUUGUUUUGCUGCGAUAUUUUUGUGGUUGCUGACUGCUCUCGCUUGUGGCUUGAGGCUGAUGGGGUGUGGGGUUGUGUGACUUGUUCAGCUUUAUCAAGGAUGAUUCGAUGUCACCUCUCAAAGAUGACUUUUUUUAAAGCAUUCUAAUGGGAUAGGAAGCGUUUGUGGCUUCAGAUGCUGAGAAAACACAUUGGGGUGCUCAUCUGUGGUGGCUGAGGUGCAGAACUGACGCUGUGGUUUCACGUUGUGAGCUGAAAUCCUGCAGCAAUCCCAUAUUCAGAGAUUGCUUGGGAAAAAGAGAACCACACACACACAGCAGAGCCACCAAAAAGGAGCGUUCCUGAGUCAGGUUAGCAGCAGAUGGAUCUGAAGGGGAAACUGUCAGAUUUGUGUUCUCCUCGCACAGCAAAAGGUGCUCCUGGUGUGCUGCAGCAUCCCAGGGAGGCAGGGCUGUGGUUCAGCCCAUCAGCUGCCCUCGUGGUGGGGAAGGCUCUGUUGGGAGCUGCUCAGAGCAGUUUGACAGAUGCAGGAUGUGCAGAUCAGGAGGAAAGGAGAGCUGUGUUGUGCAGAAUGAGAGUGGAAGAGGCAACGAGAGUCAACCCCGUGAGGAUGUGAAAUGGCAUCAGAUGUCUCCUCGCUGGGCGCAGCCGUCGGCUCAGGGAAUCCUGGGGCUGGAACUCAAACUGGAGGAGCCAUUGUGCAGAGAGCAGCCAAGAGACGUCCUGGGCUUGAUUUUGAUGAUGAUGGCGAAGGGAACAGUAAAUUCCUCAGGUGUGAUGAUGACCCAAUGCCAAAUGAUAAGGAGCGAUUUGCCAGGUCUGAUGAUGAGCAGAGUUCAGCGGAUAAGGAGAGACUUGCCAGGGAGAAUCACAGCGAGAUCGAACGUAGGCGGAGGAACAAAAUGACUGCCUACAUCACUGAGCUGUCUGACAUGGUGCCCACCUGCAGCGCCCUGGCACGUAAACCAGACAAGCUGACCAUCCUACGAAUGGCUGUGUCCCACAUGAAGUCCCUGCGUGGCACAGGCAACACCUCCACGGAUGGCACCUACAAACCCUCCUUCCUCACCGACCAGGAACUCAAACAUCUGAUCCUGGAGGCAGCUGAUGGUUUUCUGUUCAUCGUGUCCUGUGAGACGGGGAGGGUGGUUUACGUCUCUGACUCCGUGACUCCCGUCCUCAACCAGCCCCAGUCGGAGUGGUUUGGCAGCACGCUGUACGACCAGGUGCACCCAGAUGAUGUGGGCAAGCUGAGGGAGCAGCUCUCCACCUCAGAGAAUGCACUGACAGAAGGAACCAAACCCUGGUGCCUUUCUAACAAGGAUCCUGCAGCCCCCCCUGAGAGUGCAUCUAAAGGUCGUAUCCUGGAUUUGAAGACAGGAACUGUCAAGAAGGAAGGGCAGCAGUCCAUGAGGAUGUGCAUGGGCUCACGGAGAUCCUUCAUCUGCCGCAUGAGGUGUGGCAACAGCUCAGUGGAUGCAGUGUCUGUAAAUCGUCUCAGCUUCAUGAGGAAUCGCUGCAGGAACGGCUUAGGUGCAACGAAGGAUGGAGAGCCUCACUACGUGGUGGUGCACUGCACAGGUUACAUCAAGGCCUGGCCCCCUGCAGGUGUUUCACUGCCUGAUGAUGACCCAGAUGCUGGCCAGGGCAGCAAGUUUUGCCUCGUGGCCAUUGGCAGGCUCCAGGUCACCAGCUCACCCAACUGUACAGACAUGAGCAAUGUUUGUCAGCCAACAGAGUUCAUCUCCCGACACAACACAGAAGGCAUUUUCACCUUCAUAGACCAUCGCUGUGUGGCUACUGUUGGCUACCAGCCACAGGAACUUCUGGGGAAGGACAUUGUGGAUUUCUGUCACCCAGAGGACCAGCAGCUUUUGCGGGACAGCUUUCAGCAGGUGGUGAAGUUAAAAGGCCAGGUUCUGUCAGUCAUGUUCCGAUUCCGAUCCAAAAACCGGGAAUGGCUCUGGAUGAGAACCAGCUCCUUUACCUUCCAGAACCCCUACUCGGAUGAAAUUGAGUACAUCAUCUGUACCAACACCAACGUCAAGAACUCAAGCCAGGAAUCUCGACCUGCCCUAUCAAACCCAAUGCAGAGGCCCCAGCUGGGGCAGAGUGUCAGCCUUCCCCUGGAGAUGGGCACAGCACAGCUGCCCUCAAGGCAGCAGCAGCAGCAGCCACAACAGACAGAGUUGGAAGUGGUCCCAGGAAGAGAGAGCCUGUCUGGCUACGACCAGGUUCCUGUGCAGCCCGUGACUGCUGCUGGCCCAGAGCACAGCAAACCACUGGAAAAGGCAGAGAGCCUCUUUAACCAGGAGAGGGACCCGAGGUUUGGGGAGAUGUACAGCAGCAUCAAUGCAGACCAGAACAAAGCCAUUCCUGCCAGCUCAGUGCCUGCCAACCCCACCCUCUUCCCACAGGGAAACACUUUCACACCAUCACGGCCCGCUGAGAACUUCAGGAGCAGCAGCAUGGUGCCUCCAGUGAACAUCAUCCAGCAACAGCCGGCGGCAUCGGGCCGGAUCCUGGCUCAGAUCUCACGCCACGCCAGCCCUGCUCAGGUCAGCGGGAGCAGUUGGGCUGCCGGGACCCGACCGGCGUUCACAGCCCAGCAGGUGGCUUCCCAAGCAGUGAAGACUCGGCCGCCUUCCUUCAGCAUGGGGACUUUCCAGGGCACCCCGUCCUCCUUCAGCCCCAUGGCAGCUCCAGGCUCCACAGCUUCCCCCAGCAGCUCUGCAUACCCAAACCUCUCUGGCCGUGGCGUGGGCUUCACCACAGAUGCAGCUCAGACCCCCACCCCGUUCCAACCCCGGGCAGCAGCUGAAGGAGUGGGGAUGUGGCCACAGUGGCAAGGACAGCAUCACAGCACAGCACCUGGGGAGCAGCACGUGCAGCAGCCCAGCCAACCCGAGGCCUUCUCAGACAUGCUGACCAUGCUGGGAGACCAAGGCCCCAACUACAACAACGAGGAGUUCCCCGAAUUGAACAUAUUCCCUUCUUUUUCAGAAUAAAACUCGAGCUCCUGGGGAAGAGCAACUCAUAGCUGUAAUAUAAAUCUUCACGUGUAAAGGAAAAAAAAAAAAAAAAAAAGAGGCACCCCAGUCUGAUGGGGUUCAAAGACUGCUGAACUUUCUCAACUCUUCUUUACCUUCUGGAGGCUCAGUGCUGCCUGGGGGCACUCAGCAUCACAACACAGUGCUCCCCAGUGCCUGGAGGAUUUCAGACUGAAGGACUGCUGCCCACCCCCUCCUUUAUUCCCCCCCCCUCACCCUCCAGAUUCAUGAGGUGGCUUUUCCUGUUUGUAUUUCCAUCUUCUAUACCGUGACUCUUUUCUAUAAAAACACAAAACGAC